GGGGACGUGGAGCCGCCGCCCCUGCCGCUGCUGCCGCCCUUCGGGCCCGACUUCUAUCCCAGUGACAGCGAGGAGGAGGCGCCGGCGCCGCCGCCCCACAUCAAGCCGGUGCGGCGCUUCGUGCCCGACUCGUGGAAGAAGUUCUUCAGCGGGCGGCGCCAUGUCCCCAAGUGGGGCCAGGGCCAGCCCCAGCCUGCGGGCACCCGCUGCUCUCCGCCGCCCUCCCUGCCACCAGGCCCCGAGUCAGGUGCCAGCUCCUAUCCAGACCCCUCUGGUGUGUCAGGGGGCAGCUGCCCUUGGCGCCUCGAAACAGAGGCCAUUCUCCCAUCAGAGCCCGGUGGGGCGGCACGGGCCUACAGCGAGGAGGUGGAAGCCUACCGCCGGCGCUAUGACUACAUGAAGUCGUGGGCAGGGCUGCUGCGCAUCCUCGGAGUGGUUCAGCUGCUCCUGGGCGCUGUGGUGUUCGCCUGCGUCACCGCCUAUGUGCACAAGGACAACGAGUGGUACAACAUGUUUGGGUACUCGCAGCCCUAUGGCUUUGGGGCCAACAGCAUGUACGGAGGCUAUUAUUAUAGCGGACCAAAAACCCCUUUUGUGCUGGUGGUGGCAGGGUUGGUUUGGCUCGUGACGGUCGUGCUGUUGGUCCUGGGCAUGUCAAUGUACUAUCGGACCAUUCUUCUGGACUCCAACUGGUGGCCUUUGACCGAAUUCGGAAUCAACGUUGCCUUGUUCAUUUUGUACAUGACUGCUGCCAUCGUGUACGUAAACGACGCUAACCGGGGUGGACUGUGCUACUACCCUCUAUUUAACACACCACUUAACGCGUCCUUUUGCCGCAUAGAAGGGGGACAGACAGCAGCAAUGAUCUUUCUGUUUGUCACCAUGAUUGUCUACCUUAUUAGUGCCAUAGUUUGCCUAAAGCUAUGGAAACAUGAAGGAGCAAGGAGGCACAGAGAACUGAUGGAUCAAGAGAUGAAAACACAAACUGUAUCACCAAAAAGGAUGUAUGAAAAUGAUGACAGACCACAAGAAGAAGUCAGUUACAGGCAGUUAAAAUCAGUGGAAGUGAAACCUGAGCUACUCAAUGGCCACAUACCAGCAGGCCACAUUCCUAAGCCUAUAGUGAUGCCAGACUACUUAGCGAAAUACCCAGCCAUUCAGACAGAUGAGAUGCGAGAGCGCUAUAAAGCUGUGUUCAAUGAUCAGUUUGCUGAGUAUAAAGAGCUCUCUGCUGAAGUUCAAGCUGUCUUAAAAAAAUUUGAUGAACUAGAUACAUGGAUGAGAAAGUUGCCUCAUCACUCUGGAAACAUGCUUGAACAGGAAAGGAUUUCAAAAGUUCUACAGGAGUAUAAUAGAAAAAAGAAUGAUCCUUCCUUUCUGGAGAAAAAAGAACGCUGUGAAUACCUAAAGAAUAAACUUUCUCACAUAAAACAACGAAUUCAGGACUAUGAUAAAGUUAUGAACUGGAGUGUGCAAACUUAGAAUUAUCAGAACUUUAUGUAGAAGAUAUUUACUAUUUUUAACUAGAAAUUAUAAUUUUAAAAUAUUUAUUUACUGUAAAUUUCCAACUGUGAAACCAAUUACUUUCUGAAUCAAUGCUUUAUAUGUAACCUGUUUAAAUUAUGUGUGUUUGACAGGCUUUGCACAAAACAGGCAAAAUUUAAAUGCAAUUUAAUCAAGUUAUAGGACUUUUUUUUUCAGGGCACCUAUAUUAAUCUGAUGCUUUUAUUAAUAGCAGAUUGAGGCCAAAGUCUGUUCCAUUUCUUUCAUUCAUAUGUGAAAUAAUGUAUUCAUUUUCUUUUCUCUUGGCUCUGUUUUUUAAAAUGUGUACAUCACCCAGCAUUCAAUCAUAUGGCUAAUAAGCAGGGAUCCUUAUUUUCCGCUUUUAAAAAGUUGCAAAUUAUUUUAUAAAGCCCCCCAAAUCU